AUGGCAGCGGUUCUCUCGGGACUUGAUAAAAGCAAACUCUUCAAUGCUUUAUCGAGUCAAAUCCCGAUUUUCUCCUAUGAUCGGGAUGCUGGGAAAACAUUCGAUGAGUGGUACACACGCUACGAAGAUGUUGUCUCUGCACAAGGACAAGAUCUGGACGAAGCUUCACGAGCAAGGCUGAUCAUCACCAAAUUGGAUGCAGCCACGUACAACCGUUUCACAAGCUCCAUCUCACCACGUAAGCCAAGUGAUCUCUCUUUUGAGGAAACCAUCAACGUCCUCAAAACGCGAUUCAACGCGCAGGCAUCACGGUUCCGCCGGCGCUACGAGUUCAGUAACACCGAAUUUCGAGGCAGCACUCAAGACGACAUUGAGGAUUACCUCGAUGAACUCAAUGUGAAGUUUGAUCGCGCGGAGAUCCAGAAUGCUACAAGAGAUGAGCACAUUUGCAUCGCAUUCAUCUCAGGAUUGCGAAGAGACGGACACCAACAUCUCCGAAUGAGGGCGCUACAGGUAUUGGAGAGCAACCCGAAUACCACACCUCGUCAGCUCAUGAACGAACUGAAGCAGAUGAUGGAAGUCCGGGAGGACGAAAAGUUAAAAAAAAAGAAACCUCGUGAAAUUGGGGAGAAACAUUAA